UGAGCAGACUUAUUAGCAAUUUGUUUGUCAACAUAACGAGGAAGAAGAGAGAAUCAAGACAGGGCGAGUCAAUAAUCCCAUUCAAGCAUGUAUAUUAAGGUGAUUGUGUUGAUUUUGGUCUUCACUUCGGCCGUGAUGAGCGCUGGGAUUCCUGGAGGCAUUGUAGAUGCAGACAUUAACGAUGAAGAUGUUCAGAAGGCGUUACAGUUCGCAGUGGCCCACUACAACAGACAAAGCAACGAUCCGUUUGUGCGUAAGGUUUCCAAGGUCCUCAAGGUUCAACAACAAGUUGUCGCUGGCAUGAACUACAUGUUCACUGUGAAGAUGGACAUAACCAACUGCAAAAAGGGUGGCGUUAAGACCAUGUGUGCCUUUCCAAAGGAUCCCAAUGUUGCACAGGUGAUUCAGUGCAAAAUAACGGUCUGGAGCCAGCCGUGGUUAAACUCCCUUAAAGUCACUGAAAACACCUGCAUGAAGCGCUUGUGAUGAGCGCAGUUUGGGGCUUUUUAACAUUCAAGCAGCAAUAAAAUUUACUGUUGGUAAUGGUAAA